UUCGCCCUACAUGAAACAAGAUUCCCUCUCAGCUUUCCUCUCCUACUAAACUCUCCCUCAGGGUUGGCAGAAAGAAAGAAGAACAGAAUCAAAACCAUCUUUUCUCUUUUUCUCUAAACCCCAAACUUCUCAGUUUCCUUGAUCCCUUUUAGAUUUGUUGACCAAAACAACAACCUGCGGUUGGCCACCAUCUCUCUCUCUCUCUCUCUCCCCUUUCUCUACCUCCAUAAACCAUUAAACCCAGCAUGCUCAUCUUCACCCAGCUCAAGAAACAAUCAUGAUCUGGUGGAGGGUUGCUUCCAUUUUUCUUCCUCUUCCUCUUCUUCUUCUUCUUCUUCUUCCCUCAGCAUUUGCUCUCAACUCAGAUGGGAUUCUACUGCUUUCCUUCAAGUACUCAAUCAUCAGCGACCCGCUCUCAGUCCUCGACAACUGGAACUACGAAGACGAAACCCCAUGUUCCUGGAUUGGCGUCACGUGCACCCAGCUGGGAAACCCAGGUACCCCAGACAUGUUCAGAGUCACCAGCUUAGUCCUCCCCAACAGCCACCUGGUGGGUUCAAUCUCACCCGAGCUGGGUUCACUCCAACACAUCCAGAGACUCGAUCUUUCCAAGAAUUUCUUCAAUGGGUCUCUGCCUGUCACCCUCUUCAAUGCCUCAGAGCUUAAGGUCCUCUCCCUCUCCAACAAUUUCAUCUCUGGCGACCUGCCGGAUGAGCUCGUCUCGGGCCUCAAAAGCCUCCAGUUUCUCAACGUCUCCGGCAAUGACUUGGCCGGAGACAUCCCAGAAAAUCUCACCUCUUUGCAAAACCUCACCGUAAUUUCUCUGAGGAGUAAUUACUUUACCGGAAAUCUCCCACCUGGGUUUAAUUCCGUUGAGGUUUUAGAUCUCUCCUCCAACCUCCUCAACGGGACUCUGCCUCUCGACUUCGGCGGCGAAAACCUGCGCUACUUGAACCUCUCCUACAACAAAAUCUCUGGAAAAAUUCCUGUUGGUUUCGUGAAAAGGGUUUCGGAGAACUCCAACAUUGAUCUCUCCUUCAACAAUUUGACCGGACCGAUUCCCGACUCGCCGGCUCUACUCAGUCAGAAAACAGAGCAGUUUGCAGGAAACAGUGAGCUUUGUGGGAAGCCAUUGAAGACCCUCUGCCCCAUUCCUUCUACUCUGUCCACACCGCCGAAUAUGGCAACUAGUACCAGUUCUUCUUCUCCGGCGAUUGCUGCCAUUCCCAGAACAUUUGAUAAUGGUCCAGAAACGAACACUUCUGGGGGAGCAAAUGGGACUCGGAAUCAAUCGCAGACCGGGCUGAAACCCGGCACGAUCGCCGGCAUUGUGGUCGGGGACUUGGCCGGAAUAGCUGUACUUGGAUUGGUCAUUCUCUAUGUCUACCACGUCAGGAAGAGAAAAAGUCUCAACUCAAGAGUUGUCACAAAACAAGACCCAGAUCCAAAAGCAAAAUCCGCAGCAUGGUCCUGCAUAACAAUAAAAGGGGAAGAGAAAUCAGAGGCAACGAGCUCAGACAGUGACCAUGAUGACAAAAAUGGACCAGUAGGGGGUCUGCACAAUCCGAACGGGGAGGCUCAGAAAAGCAGCGUCUUGGUGACGGUAGAAGGUGGCGACCAACCGGAGCUUGAGCUCGAGACACUGCUGAAAGCAUCAGCUUAUAUAUUGGGAGCCAGUGGCCCAAGCAUUGUGUACAAGGCAGUGCUGGAGGACAAGACUGAGCUUGCUGUGAGGAGGAUAGGAGAGUGUAGGGUUUUGAAGAUGAGGGAUUUCGAGAGCCAAGUGCGGGCCAUUGCAAAGGUGAGGCAUCCGAAUCUGGUUAGGGUUCGUGGGUUUUACUGGGGAGACGAUGAGAAGCUUGUUAUCUAUGACUAUGUCUCCAAUGGCAGCCUUGCCACCACCAACACCAGAAGAGCAGGGUCGUCGCCGUGUCAUCUACCUCUCGAAACUCGGAUGAAGAUAGCAAGAGGAGUUGCGAGGGGGCUGGCGUACAUCCAUGAGAAGAAACAUGUGCAUAAAAAUAUCAAACCUAGCAACAUUCUUUUAAAUUCUGAUAUGGAACCCAUAAUUAGCGAUUUUGGCCUUGAUAAGCUGGUGUUAGGUAACACGAUUGGUCAAAAAGCUAGUGGUUCAGCCCGGGGGUACUUUGGAAGCCUAAAAUCCACGGCCACUCGCGAAGGUACGCAUGAUGUGCUCCCAAUUGGUGGCAGCCCCGCCGCACUGCCAUCCGCGGGAGCGGGGAGCGCAUCUUCGCCGUAUCAAGCACCGGAGUCCCUAAAGAACUUGAAGCCAAACCCCAAGUGGGAUGUGUAUUCUUUUGGUAUAGUCUUGCUUGAGCUUCUCACGGGAAGGAUACCUUCGGAACGAGAAUUGGUUGCCCAAUGGACACCGGGUUCCCUGACGGAGGAGAAAAUUCGAAUUUUAAUAAUGGUUGACGUGGUGAUUAGGGCUGAGGUGGAGGGCAGGGAAGAUGCCUUGCUGGCUUGUUUGAAAUUAGGGUUUAGUUGUGCUAGUUUUAGCCCACAAAAAAGACCAACCAUGAAAGAAGCCUUCCAAAUCCUAGACAAAAGUAGUUCCACUUCUUCAAACUGAUGUAUGUUGAGGUCCCACAAAAGUGGCUUUGUUUAUGUUAAAGCAUGCAUUUGCUUUUAUUUUAUUUUUAUUUUGUUGAGUUGAACGUUGCAUAAAAGCCAUAAGAAAUGUUCAUAUAGUUUAAUAAUUUAUGUUAUUUAGUAUUACGGUUUAAUAGUAUUA